AUACAGUGCAGCAAUUCACUUGCGUCAAACUUCUAAUAUAGAACACAACACAAUGAGUAAAUCACAAUCCCAAAUUUUCGGGCCCUCGCCCAAGGGUUGUCGGCAGAAAGUCCGACUGGCCAAGACGCCGGCAGAUGGCGAGAGUGGAGCUCAGGCAGUUGACCUAAGCCUUUGCGGGAAGCCCAGCUUCCUCGUCUGCAGUGGAAAGAAGUCACCCAAUCUGACCGAGGUCGACAGCUCGACCGACCUCAGACAGGCCCACAGCUUAGCCAUUCAGCAGAACGCUUUGAAAGUCCAAGGAAUUAUGAACCACCAACAGCACAUCAUCGAAAUAGUGGACAGCGUGAACGAGAGUAUCGCAGGUCGGAAGGAUUUGCGGAGGGGGGAUGAAUACGGGAGUUAGGCGACCUUUUAAUGUCCUGUCUGUCAAAAUUUUCAAGUUAAGCUAAAAUUGAGCAGAGUGACACAGACCGACUAUUUCGCAUUCUGGAAAUUAGCCGGUUAGCAUUUGCCAUUGUACGUUCGACGACAUUUGUUGUUUGGCUGCGAUUCAAUUGGCUUUAUCAUUUUGUUUUUAAUAAAUAUUUAUAAGUGA